AUGGAGCCAGAAAAUGAUACACGAAUUUCAGAAUUUCUUCUUCUGGGAUUUUCAGAGGAUCCAGAACGGCAGCCCAUCCUCUUUGGGCUGUUCCUGUCCAUGUACCUGAUCACUGUGCUUGGGAACCUGCUCAUCAUCCUGGCCACUAUCUCACACUCCCAUCUGCACACCCCCAUGUACUUCUUCCUCUCCAACCUGUCCUUUUCUGACAUCUGCUUGGUCUCGACCACUGUCCCAAAGAUGCUGGUGAAUGUGAAGACACACAGCAAAGUCAUAUCCUACGCAGGCUGCGUCACCCAGAUGUACUUCUUUGUACUCUUUGCAGUGUUGGACAGCUUCCUCCUGACUGUGAUGGCCUAUGACAGGUUUGUGGCCAUCUGUCACCCACUGCACUAUGCUGUUACCGUGAACCCCAGGCUCUGUGGGCUGCUGGUUCUGGUGUCCUGGAUCAUGAGUGCCCUGGAUGCCUUGUUAGAAAGCUUAGUGGUGCUGUGGCUGUCCUUCUGUACGGACUUGGAAAUCCCCCACUUUUUCUGUGAACUUAAUCAGGUGGUCCAUCUUGCCUGUUCCGACACCUUUCUUAAUGACAUGGUGAUGUAUUUCUCAGCUAUACUGCUGGGUGGUGGUUCCCUGGCUGGGAUUGUUUACUCUUACUCUAAGAUAGUUUCCUCCAUACGUGCAAUCUCCUCAGCUCAGGGGAAGUAUAAAGCAUUUUCCACCUGUGCAUCUCACCUCUCGGUUGUCUCCUUAUUUUACUGUACAAGCCUAGGGGUGUACCUCAGUUCUGCUGCUACACAUAACUCACACUCCAGCACAACAGCCUCAGUGAUGUACACAGUGGUCACUCCCAUGCUGAACCCCUUCAUCUACAGUUUGAGGAAUAAAGACAUAAAGUGGGCUCUGAAACAAUUCUUCAGAGGGAAGAAGUAA